AUGAAGCCGCGAAGCCGCAAGAGGGCCAUCCGGCCGAUGGUCGGCAAGAAGAAGCCCAGAGUAUCCGGCGGUGGCGGUGGCGGUGGCGGUGGCGACUCCUUCUUUGAAUCCGAUACCAAGCAGCGGGGACGAAGGAUCAGCAAGGAUGAUGAUUUAGAGAGCAUGGAGAGCGACGACGACUUGGCCGACCUAGAUGCUGGACAAGAGGAGGAAGAGGGGGAGGGCGUCCCCGAGGAGACGGUGGACGAGAAGAGGGUUAGGGUUGCGAAGGAGCAUUUGGAGAGAAUCCGGGCUAUAGCGAAGAGGGUAGAGGAAGAAGAGGAAGAGGACGAGGAGGAGGGGCGAGAUGAGAGGGAGGGUAAAAGGGAUUCUUUAGUGGCGGAGAUUCUUCAAAAGGAGCAGCUCGAGGAGAGUGGUCGUGUCCGGCGAUAUAUCGCGUCGAGGGUUUUAAGUCCAGAACCUGCUGAUGAGUUCCGACUGUUAGUGAAGCACAGACAGUCUGUUACAGCUGUAGCUUUGGCGGAGGAUGACUCAAGGGGGUUUUCAGCUUCCAAAGAUGGGGUCAUUCUGCACUGGGACAUUGAGAGUGGGAAGUCUGAGAAGUACUUGUGGCCUAGUGAGGAUGUAUUGGUGUCACAUUAUGCAAAGUCCCUGCAGAAUCCAGCUAGGAAGAGAAGCAAGAAUGUGUUGGCUUUGGCUGUCAGUUCUGAUGGGCGAUAUUUGGCCAGUGGUGGGUUGGACCGCCAUGUCCAUUUAUGGGACACUCGUACUCGGCAGCAUCUCCAGGCAUUUCAUGGUCACCGAGGACCCAUCUCAUGCCUUACUUUUAGACAGGGGACUUCACAGCUUUUCUCUGGGUCUUUUGAUAGAACAAUUAAGCUCUGGAAUGCUGAAGACAGAACUCAUAUGGACAAUUUAUUUGGUCAUCAAAGUGAAAUAUUGACAAUUGACUGCCUACGGAGAGAACGACUUUUGACUGUAGGGCGUGACAGGACCAUGCGAUUGUGGAAGGUACCUGAGGAAUCACAGUUGGUCUUCCGUGCUCCUGCAGCAUCCUUGGAAUGCUGCUGCUUUAUCAAUGACAAUGAGUUUUUAUCUGGCUCGGAUGAUGGAAGCAUUGAGCUUUGGAGUGUAACACGCAAAAAGCCUACACACUUGAUUAAAAAUGCACAUGCUCCAUCUUUAUCUUCGAAUGAUUUUUCAUAUAAAGAGGAUGAGACAAUUAUGUCUAACGGUGGCAAUAUGGCGCACUUGUGGGUUAGUUCUGUUGCUGUAUGUAGAGGUAGUGAUCUUGCUGCAUCUGGAGCUGCUAAUGGUGUAGUUUGUCUAUGGGCUGUUGAAAGUGAUAACAAAGGCAUCCAACCAUUAUUUAGUUAUUCUCUGGCUGGAUUCAUCAAUUCACUUGCAUUUGCAAAAUCUGCACGCUUUCUUGUUGCUGGGGUUGGCCAGGUAAUGCUAUCUAAUUCUUUUUUCCCUAUUAAAUAAAAGAAAGACUCAGUUGAAUUACCUUUUUUAUUUGUUCUUUGGAUUGAUUAAGUCCAAAAGCUUGUUGGUGCCCUGGUAAUAUAUCCAGCAUGUUUCAUCUUGCAUUAUUCUUUGACUAAAAAUAAUUUUGAUUGAACUGUAAUUCAUUUUUGAACCAUAGCCUUUUCUGAACUGUAAAAAUAUACAAGUCCAGUGUCAUUCCGGUGGUACCAUGGAGAGCAUAACUUAGUCUAGCAUCUUAUGUUCCUUUGAUAUUAUAAUCUCCGUAUUGAUCUUGAGAUCAGAAACCAAACCCAUAAUGGGUUAUUAUUAUAGAAAAUUUCAUCCUUGAGACUAUUGCUUGGAAAUGAGAUGCUAUAUAUGUCUUUUAAAAAAAU